AUGCGAAUGCGAACAGGGCGAGUGUGUUGCUUGCAAAAGCAGAGACGCGGACGUGGUUGGGCGGUGGUGAGGAGGAAGUACGGAGUAGAGAGAAGUGGGAGAGCUGAACAUGGAAAGAACUGGAUUGGAUGGAUGGUUGGAGGAAGGUGGCUCUCGCAAACUUGUGCGGCUCUGCAAGUACACGCUACUUUGCUCUUACUGCUUACUACCCAUAAAAGGCAAGUGCCUAUACCUGGGGCUCUAGGCAGAAACUUGGGCAAGCACUGGCGUGUGGAACGGCCCAACCGCUUCGGGUACUGCGAUUCAGGAUGUGCUGCGGAAGGAUGGGAUGUCAACGUUCCUUCCAAGCAAGAAACCGAGGAUGUCACUUCCGCGAGUCCCGUCACCCGCGUUGUACCUGCGCCUGUGCCUGUGCCUGUGCCUGUGCCUGUGCCUGUGCCUGUGCCAGUGCUUGUGCCAGGAGGUAGGAGGUCUUUAUUCAGCCUCGAAUCCUUUAGUUGUCAUGGCCCAUGGGUCCCAUCCAUGUCCCGAUUCCCCCCCACCGUCGGGUAUGCAUUUUGGCCUCCCGGCCUGGCCAGUUUCAGUAUGGGUCGGAGCAACUACGGAGCGCUGCUUACCCUUUUUGGAAUGGCCCGUUUGUGUCGGCGUCAUCCCCUUAGCGACUUGUCUAUCUGUGCUCCGUACCCCGUACUCCGUCCUCCCGUCGAGCGUGUUUUGUGCAACCAGACACACAUGGAGAAAGAAAGCUUGGCCCUUGAAGUGGGGCCACUGUGGCGGUGCAGCCCAGCGCCCCGCGGGGCUGAGUCUGGCGAGUCUGGCGAGUCUGGCGAGUCUGGCGAGUAA